CCCAGGGCGCCCUACCAGGAGACACACAAAGUUGGAGUGGACUGUCCGUGCGCCGUUUACGUGUUUGUUUAUUUGCGGUGGCUGUUUACAUCGAGCCGAAAGCACCACCGCCACAUUUCUAAAAUCGUCAGAGGGCUGUAAAGCACGAACGGGACUGCUGAGGGACGGAUUACAGACCGGGGCGCGCACGCACAGUGGAUGUUUCGUUCCCGAACCGCAGCCGCCUGUUUUGUUUUGCUUCCCCCCAAAAAGAAGAGUGGAAUGCGGCGGUCGUGGUGACGGGAAAGAGGAGUCAGAGAGGGGUUGGUAUCGCUUGGCACGGGCUGACCGGGGUUUGGAAGCAGCGGGGUACCCUGUUCCUUUCGACUGCUGCGGUAGGCUUCGUUUACCAGAACCGGCACGGGGAACAGAACCGCUUCCUCCUAUCCCGCGGGUGUGAGAAAAGCAUACCGAAACUGGAUUCAGAGAGUCUGGACCUACAACAUCAUCGGCGCGCUAUAGGAUGACCUUUAUUACUGUCUCAUAUUAUCAAGUCGACACUGAUAAUAUUUUCGGACAAAACGGACUGCUUUUUUGGACAUGGUAAACUGCAGUUUAUGUUGAGUUAGUUGGCUUAUUUAUUUGAAGUUGUAUACUACAAUUCUAAGGUUUCUCUCUUUUUAAAAAUUAAAUAUUGAAUUCGUUCUGUGUGAGACUUUUACGCAGAAUACGCAAUUAACUCCAUGCGCCUUUUAAUAACCUAUGUUCAAAGCGUUGUGAUAUUUCCUUCAUCGAGAGAGACAAGUGUCCGAUCAUCGAGCCUUUACUGAUGUGGCAGACGGGACUUCAAGUUGAGACACGGCCUAGCUGACAGGACAGGUUGUGAAGGACACUUUGAAGUUCCCGUGGAGAUUGUGGGCUACAUUUGUGGGAUCGCCAGGUAUCUAGGCUACUGUCCAAGGCUUUUACAGCGCCGGUGUUCGCCAAACUGACAGCUGGAGAAUGGAGCAUAUUCUGCGGAUCGUUGUCCUCGCUCUCUGGCUCUGCCUCGCCGGAUUAUCCACACUCUCCGCAGCAGAAGAAGAGGUCCUGAUGAACACCAAGCUGGAGACAUCAGAUCUCCGCUGGACAAUCUAUCCAUCUGAUGACCCGCAGUGGGAGGAGGUGAGUGGUCUGGAUGAUGAGGGGCUGGGGGUGCGUACCUUCCAGCUGUGUCCAGGGGACAGCUCCCAGAGCCACUGGCUACGCACCAAACUCAUCCCCCGACGAGGGGCCUCACAGGUUUAUGUGGAGGUGCGCUUCACCAUGAUGGAGUGCUCCUCGUUGCCUGCCGCCCGGGCCUGCAAGGAGACCUUUAACCUCUACUACUACCAGGCAGACACGGACGAGGCCACCGCCACCUACCCAGCCUGGAUGGAGAACCCGUACACUAAGGUGGACACGGUGGCGGCGGACUACCUGCUCCGGCGUGGCGGAGAGCGGCGCUCCAACGUGAAGACGCUGCGCGUGACGGGCCUGAGCCAGCGCGGCUUCUACCUGGCGUUCCAGGCCCAGGGCGCCUGCAUGGCGCUCCUCUCCGUACGCGUCUUCUUCAAGAAGUGCCCCGCCCUCACACGCUCAUACACCACCUUCCCAGAGACCCUGCCCCACAGCUUAGUGCAGCAGGCCACGGGGAGCUGUGUGCCCAACGCUGCCCCGUCACCUCCAGGGCCCCAGGGCCAAGGCAUGACUCCUGCCCAGGCGCCCACCAUGUUCUGUGGGGAGGACGGGCAGUGGGUCGGGGUGCCCACCACCAGCUGUGCCUGCCAGCCGGGCUACGAGCCUCAGGAUGGGGACCUCCAUUGUAGAGCGUGCCCUCCUGGUUGGUACAAGGCGGAGUUUGGGGCGAGCCCCUGUGUCCAGUGUCCGGAAUUCAGCCUAUCGAGCGGCCCUGGCAACCCGCUCUGUGCCUGCCGACCGGGAUUCUACAGGGCACAGGACGACUCCGCACGAGCACCCUGCACAAAGCCGCCGUCGGCCCCGCGCAGCAUCGUGACCCAGAUCAACGACACCAUGGUGACGCUGGAGUGGAGCGAGCCCAAGGAGCGUGGCGGCCGCUCGGACCUCACCUACGCCGUGCAGUGCCAACGCUGCACCACCACAACCACCUCUAACUCCAACUCCAAUGCAGCAGGGGGCGCCAGCUCCUACUCCGCUCCCUCCUCCUCCUCCUCCACCAUCUGCGUGCCCUGUGCGGAGGGCGUGAGCUACAGGCCGGGCCAGAGCGAGCUGGCGGGCCGCCGGGUGGUGGUCAGGGGCCUGAGGCCCCACACCACAUACACCUUCACCGUGCUGGCCCUCAACGGGGUCAGCGCGCUGGCACACACACCCCCGGCCAGCGACAGCGUCAACAUCACCACCAGCAAGGACGUUCCCGUGCCCAUCUCGGACAUCAGGAAGACGCGGGCUACAGAGAGCAGCCUGUCCCUCAACUGGCCUGUGCCUCACCAGCCACACUACACCGUACUGGAAUACCAGCUCCGAUACUGCACCAAGGACCCUAACGAGCUGGGCCAGAGCUGCCUGUACCUGAGUAGCGAUCGCAACUCUGCGGUGAUCGGGGACCUGCGGCGCGGCACUCAGUACGAGGUGCAGGUCAGGGCCAGGACCAUGGCCGGGUACGGACACUUCAGCCAGAUCCGCAGCUUCCGCACCAUGCCCGACGAAGAGGAGUCCCACUCCCGUAUGGUGGUGACGGCAGUGCUGGUGUCCGUCGGCCUUCUGCUGCUUAUCUCCGUGGUGAUCCUGUCCAUCUACUGCUUCCGACGCCACUCAAGAGGGAGGGAUCCAGAGAUCAUGGAUAAGAACGGCCAGUACCUCAUGGGGCAAGGAGUGAAAGUGUAUAUUGAUCCGUUUACCUACGAAGAUCCCAAUGAGGCCGUAAGGGAGUUCGCUAAGGAGAUAGACGUGUCCUUCGUCAAGAUUGAGGAAGUCAUCGGUGCAGGUGAGUUUGGCGAGGUGUGCCGUGGCCGGCUGAAGGUGCCGGGUAAGAAGGAGAACUACGUGGCCAUCAAGACCCUGAAGGGGGGAUACACCGACAAGCAGAGGCGGGACUUCCUCUCCGAGGCCUCCAUCAUGGGCCAGUUCCAGCACCCCAACAUCAUCCACCUGGAGGGGGUGAUCACCGCCAGCUGCCCUGUCAUGAUCCUCACAGAGUACAUGGAGAACGGAGCCCUGGACUCCUUCCUACGGCUGAACGACGGCCAGUUCACCCCUAUCCAGCUGGUGGGCAUGCUGCGUGGCAUCGCGUCGGGCAUGAAGUACCUGUCGGAGAUGAGCUACGUGCACCGCGACCUGGCCGCGCGCAACAUCCUGGUCAACUCCAACCUGGUCUGCAAGGUGUCCGACUUCGGCCUGUCCAGGUUCCUCCAGGAGAACUCUUCUGACCCCACCUACACUAGCUCGCUGGGCGGUAAGAUCCCGAUCCGCUGGACGGCCCCCGAGGCCAUCGCCUUCCGCAAGUUCACCUCGGCCUCCGACGUCUGGAGCUACGGCAUCGUCAUGUGGGAGGUCAUGUCCUUCGGGGAGAGACCUUACUGGGACAUGAGCAACCAGGACGUGAUCAAUGCCAUUGAGCAGGACUACCGUCUGCCCCCUCCGCCCGAGUGCCCCUGGGCCCUGCACCAGCUCAUGCUAGACUGCUGGCAGAGGGAGCGCAUGUCGCGCCCGCGAUUCGCCGACCUGGUCUCCGCCCUCGACAAGCUCAUACGCAACCCCGCCUCCCUCAAGGUCACCGCGCGCCACGGCGACGGGCCCACCCACCCUCUCCUGGACCAGAGGCCGCCCCCUCCGCUGUCCCAGUGUGCGUCCGUGGGGGACUGGCUUCGGGCCAUCAAGAUGGGCCGCUACGAGGACAACUUCAUCCAGGCCGGCUUCACCUCCUUCGAGCUGGUCUCUCAGAUCUCCACCGAAGACCUGUUGCGUAUUGGUGUGACUCUCGCCGGCCACCAGAAGAAGAUCCUGUCCAGCAUUCAGACCCUCCGAGUCCACACCAAGGGUCCCAGCACUCUUCGUUACUGAGCAAAAUCAUCAACACCUACCCACCCACCCCCCCAACGCCCACCACAAUCACCCCUACGCAAGCACCAAACCAUCAGCACCAGCACAGGCACCUCGAGCACCAAUCAACCCCCUUCAACUUCGACAACCCCCCUCUGCAUCACUUCAACCCCUAAGCACCUCAUUCGUGCCCAAGCAUCUUCAUGCCUGUCCCCAGCCUCUCCAAGGACCGCUAAUGCCUUUGACUGAACUAUUCAUGAUUUGGCGUGGGGCAGCUCACACCACACAAUGCACGUCAUCAAUCACUGCCAUUUACCCCCAUCAAACCAGCAGCAUCAGACUCGGUGACAUCACAGUGGGACUAAAAAGAAUCAUGCCUUCUUCAGCUUAAAACAUGGAACUUGGAACUUGGAACAGACGGUGACCUCACAAUAGCAGAUGGUGUCGCACAUCUGACAAAGAAGUGGGUGUGGGAGCUGGUGAAAUUAAAUUGCCAGCACACCCACCAACCGAAGAUGUUUCCAGAUGUUCAUGGGUUUUUUUGGGAUUGUUAUGACUUCAUCGUGCCAGCUGCCCGCAUCCAGCCAAUCACUGUUCACGAUGCUGCCCUCUCUCAGUUAGGACUACAACUUGAGAGGUGACAUCACAAUCAAAUAAACACAUGCAAUACUGACCUCUCCACUGUGUCACACACGCUUGGCCAAAGCUCUUGGUGGGAAAUGUAUUUUUUUUUUUCUUUUUUUUGUGUCCGUCCAGCAUUUGAAAGACUGGGAAAUGAAAGACAAAAAAAGCAAAGAGACUGGUUGUUGACAGCCUGAAACAAAAAUAAGACACACUUAAAGUGAAGGAAAGAGAGAGAGAGCUAUCUCUCUAUCUAAGCCUUAUGUCUUUGUUAUAGCGUACAUGCUAGAAGACCACAAAUGAUUCAAAAUGGCCGCCACAGAAUUGCUUUUUUGGAGGACCCUUCUGUACUUCUGUGGUUUUGUAACUCCUCUGUCCAACUUCCUACUCUUCCUCUGUGGUUUUUGAAACAGAUUGCCUCUGACAAGGACCUGAGGACAACACACAGACACAUACAUGCAUGAUACAUACACACACACACACACACAC